UAUUCCCUCCCCCGGUAGGUGGGGCGUGUGAUCAAAUUUCCGCUCCUUAGUCUAGAGACGAGUUAACUGCCAGGAGUUGUCAGUCGAGAGGGUCGCGUUACCGACUAUGGUGAAGAGCGGGCUGGGAACAGGGUUGCUGGCGGGUGGCUGUUCCGUGCAGAGCCGCGUCUUCCAAGUGUCGUGUGUGGUGCUGCUGUUGCUGAGCGCCCUCCACUUGGUGGUCAGCCUGGUCUACUACUUCGACAUACACUUCUACACCACGCAGAUGGUGCGUCGCAUCGGCGGCUUCUCGGCGCAGAAGUCCCUCGCUAACUUCAGCGCCCAUCAUUCGACGGCCCCGAACCUCACGGCGGCCCCCAGCACCACAUCGCCGCCGCCUUCGCACCCUCCCCUGCCUUGUCCGGAGACAUCGCCGCUGCUCGUGGGACCAUUAAGAAUAGAAUUUUCCCAAUCUAUUAAUCUGGAGGAAGUGAGACAGAUUAAUUCGUUAGUGGGAAUAGGAGGCCGAUUUACACCUUCAGAUUGUAUAGCUGUUCAGAAAGUUGCUGUGGUCAUUCCUUUUCGCAACCGUGAUGAGCAUCUGAAAUACUGGCUGUAUUACUUGCAUCCAAUUCUGCAACGGCAGCAGCUUGAUUAUGGAGUGUAUGUUAUUAAUCAGCAUGGAGAAGAUACUUUUAAUCGAGCCAAACUUCUCAACGUAGGUUUCAUGGAAGCCUUGAAGGAAUAUGACUACAACUGCUUUGUGUUCAGUGAUGUUGAUUUGAUUCCUAUGGAUGAUCGUAAUACCUACAAAUGUUAUAGCCAGCCAAGGCAUCUGGCUGUGUCCAUGGAUAAAUUUGGUUUCCGCUUGCCAUACAGGCAGUACUUUGGUGGAAUUUCAGCCUUAAGUAGAGAGCAGCAUGAAAGAAUCAAUGGUUUCCCCAAUGAAUAUUGGGGCUGGGGAGGGGAAGAUGAUGACAUCUACAACAGGAUUGUCUCUAAAGGCAUGGGAAUCUCACGUCCAGAUGGUGUCAUUGGGAAGUGUCGAAUGAUUGUUCACCAAAGGGAUAAAAAGAAUGAACCCAACCCUCAGAGGUUUGACAGAAUUGCACGUACAAGGCAGACAAUGCAUAGUGAUGGUUUAAAUUCACUCAAAUAUAAAGUGCUAGAAAUCAAGAAGUAUCCAUUAUACACCUUCAUUGAUGUGGAUAUUGGUGGUCCUGGAAGGCCGCCUUCCUGAGUGUAACAAAAAAUGAAGAACUUCUUGAAACACAGUCAACUAAAUCACUGACUUGUUAAGAUUUGAAUUUUGUUUUAUACCUUAUGUGCCUUAUUCAGUUGCAUUUAUAUGCUGCAUAUCCUUCUUGCCUGUUACUGAAGUCACUGUGGUUCCUAUGCCUUAAUUAUGGGAAUUUGAUAAUAUUAAAUACAUAUUUUUAAAGUUAGUGUCUAGUAAACCUAAAAAGCUUACUUGACAAAGAAAUGCCUACAAGCAAAAAUAUUUUUGUUACAUUUUCUUAACCAGGUUUGUCAUUUUAUUUCCAUGUCUAUAUUUUACUUUUGGACCCUCAGGAAUUCUCUAACGUUUAAUAAAUGUCCAAAUAAAUUCUUUUUCUCAAUCAUUUGUUUCUAAUUAACACAUUUCUGCUCUUUUUGUGAAUUGCUUCAAAAGCAUUGCUAAUUUAUUUGUAAUAUUGCUGCCUGUAGAAAUGUGAUACCUGAAAUGUGAUAUUUACCUGCUCAAACCAAGCUGUUGUUUCUUGUUGGAAGAUUUGGGAUGGGAGAGUUGAUUCUCUUCUGACAGUAACAUUGGUUCAACUUUAAGCUUGAAAGUUAUACUCCACAGGCAUUUGGCUAUCUGUACUGAGUCCAAUUGUGAAGAUGGCUUCAACACUGGGAAGAAUAUUCAAAGAACCAAAUACCAAGUUGGAUUACUAUUAUUUUUAAUUGUUCUUGUGAGGUGAGCAGCACAGUCAAGUUCCUGUUUAUAGUCCACUUCCUCAUUGUGAAAGUUGUGAUGAUUUCCUUGAAACAUCUUGGUAUUGGUUGAAUGUUGACCCAAUUACGCUUAAAGUGGAGGUUUUGGUUUCUGGGUGAUUUUCACCUUGUGUUGGACAGGCUGCUUUGUAUCAAGUGGCAAAUGGAUACUGUAUGCACUGUUGAACAACGUGCAUGCACUGCACAUCCAUUGGCUUGGUGUCUUCAAUAGAACCUGAAGCUUUCUUAAAAUUGUUACCACUUUUGCCUAGGACGACUACAGUUGAGAUGUUUAAAAAGCUGCAUUGAAAAUCCCUUGUACUUGGACUGACUCUCAUCCAAAUUUGUAAAGAGUGGAGGAUUUUAAAGAAGGUAACUUCUGGCUCUUUGACGUCCAUCCUGGAAAAGAGCAUGGAACCAUGUUUGAGAUCCUCAGUCCGACAUUAAACUCUUGCCAAAGCAGCAUUAAGGGAGUUGCUCAAAUUUAUGGCAUUAAUAAGAAAGGCCGUAGCUGUGCUUUGGCAUCACUGAAAACAGCUUCUUGCUUGGUGACACUCUUGCUGGAAGGUUUUCUCUUUUGUACACAAGUAUUGCUUGUUUCUUUGUAAAAUGCCUUUGACUCUUCUGUCUGUCAUCUCCUUGUCAUUCACAGUUGGGGUAAUUUAUAAAGGAAGCUUGAUAUUUUUCAUUCUCCAUUUGGUGUAUACCUCACCUCACCUCACACAAUUCUUUUAUCUCUUUUUGGGAUUGCUACAGGCUCUGGUUUGAUCUUUCUGGAUGCUUUAAGUCUUUUGUUUAACCACUUAAACCCAACAUUUCUGAUUUGGAAAAUCUGGCAAAGACAAAGGUUGUAACUUUGUGGUAAACUGUGGUUGUGAGAUAACUGUUACCCUGGAACCCUAUUCUGAGAUGGAGUCAUGCAGUUUUAACAAUGAUUUGCUGAAAUGGUUAGCCAGAACUUUGCAGUUUGUUGGUUCUCUUUCUUUGGAUUAUGUCUGGGUUCUUAGACUUUUUCUAUCACAGUUACCAAAAUUACAACUGCCUUGAAUUGCACAAAGCAUAAAGCAGAAAGGGGGUCAUGAUGGCCCAUGAAUCCUCAGAGGGAAGUCCUUGUAGGAUGUGCCACUAACUCAAUACAUUUUCUUCCAUUAGUCGCAGGGAUUCAAAUUGACAAUAUGUAGGGGAGGCCUUGGCCUGUAAUGUCUUGUGUGUUUAAUCCAAAACUGAUCCAGUGCCCUACAGUCUUUGAUUCAAAUAUUACCACUUAAAAAAUCUGCUAACUGGCAAGAUUUCUGUCCUGCAGUAAAUCUGUUUCUGCUAAAAUCUCGUAGACUCCCUCAAUAGGCAGCAUGCUCAAGACAAAUGAUUGUUUAAAGUCAGCUACUCGGCUGCAUCCCUACCUCAUUCUGUGUACUGUGUAAAUUACCUUUCAAAUUUGAUUGUUCAACUUCUUCCAAAUUCCAGCAAUUAAUUUUAGAAAGUAUGAAAGUUGGGCAAGCCUGACAAAACUAAGAUUGGGGAUGUGAAACUAAAAUGCCAUAAGAUAUGAAAGGCAGAGUACAUCAUGCAGAGCCUUGAGUUAUCUGCCUCAUCCAAUAAGGUCAUGACUGCUCUGAUGCCCUGCUCUCCAUUCCAAUGUCCUGAUCAAUGGCUAUAAAGAUAUGUAUCACUACAGCCCAGAACCAUCCCAAUGACUUUAUAUUGACAAUUCUAUAGGAGAGAGAGCUCCUAUCCUAAAACUCCAAAGACGCCUUAAUUGGGGGGAAAAGCUUCUUCCUGACAAUCUUACGCAGUUAACCUCACAUGCUGAGCUUCUUUUCACUAAUUCUAGUGUACUGACCAGGGCAAACAAGCCUCCCAUAUCUACCCUGAAGCCUCGUGAGACGAUUACGAUCAAAUUCAUAUGUGUAGAUUAGCAAGCAUUUUGAAGUAGACAUGUAGCAUUACCCAGGACGGUUGGUGUGUUGCAAGUACUUGCCUCUGGAGUGGUGAGCAGACAUCGCUUGAUGAUGCAGAGUGAAAAUCAGACUGCAUCUGACAUGAAGUUAUCCUUGUCCUCAUAAAACCAGAUAAACACAUCAAAAAUGUGUUGGCCUGAGAGAUCUUUAUUGGCUGCAAAUGAAGAAACAUGUAAAAACUUAUACAUUGCUGCUGGUUUUAAUUAUGUGAAUUUGCAGUUUUUCAUGGCUCUAACUGUUCCCAUGACGUUCACAAGAUUAUGUGUUUUUUCAAUUUCUAACUGAGUAUAUACUUAAUUCUUGCUUUAACCUUUAGCUCUACCUUGAUUUACCAGCACUUAUUCCUUGUAUUGUAUUUUGGACAGUCCUUGCCUCCUGAAAAAGCAAACUCUCUAAAAUGUUUUCCAUCUGCCUUGCUGCAAUUAGUUACACCAAGCAGGUUUAUCAAUUUACUAUGUUCCUUUGUGCUCUGUUGAAUCUCUAAACAUUCCCAGUAUCUUCAAUAAUUCAGAUGUUCCAUGUAACAUCAGUUGAUUGCCUCUAAUAUAAUCUUUUAAAGCCAGUUUGUCUCUAUAACUUUGUUGUAUGCAGACCUCCGAACACUGGUUUGUAGUGCUGGUUAGUUGUUUUCUCCGCUCUAACGCAGCUCCUAACCCACUGCCGUUGGGUGCAAUUCAUCCUCCUGGGCCAUUCUAUUUUGUUUUUUUUUUGCUGAAAGCAUUAUUAAAAA